CUGGUGAAAGGGAUAUAUUCAUUUGCUCUAAUAUAACGAAAGAAGAUUUCAAUUAAGAGUAAGAUCUGGAAUGGAGAAGAAAGCAUUGAACAAAUGAUACUGUGAAGAGGCAGUCAGAGUAAGCUUAAAAAAUUGAAAAAAAAAACAUGAAAAUAAAAAUGAUAGGUUUUUAAAGAACUACAAACCUCAUCUUAAUGAAAGCAUGGGAGAGCAAAUCUGGUGUUAAUAAAAUAAGAAAAAAAGAUAGGAAGGUGAGUACUGAUAUGGGCUGAAAGAUAAGGACGGUAAGAUGUUUGUAGCUCAGUCUCUUUCUGCAACAACUGCUAAAUUGUGCUAUAACACUACCUGGCAUACCAGACUCUCCAUCUCCCACAUGCAUGAUCUCAUGACCAAAACAGAUUUUCUGUCUUCCCUAGGUAACAAGACUCCCAAGUGAAAAAUGAGGUUGAUGACUUUAGAUGUCUUUCUUGAUUGCAGCCAGAAGUAACUUUGAGUCAAUGUAUAGAUUUGAAAGAUGCAAAAAAUUGAAAGGAAUAUGUAAAACAUUUUGUAAUGAUGAUAAGUAUGAUUACGGAUACUGCAUUAAAUGGAGAAAUCAGUGCUGCAUAUGAACUCUGGAAAACAGAAGUACUAUUGAGCAUCGAAGUCUGGAACAGAGAUUCAUCUUACCGACACGAGAAUGGGUAGAAAGAAAACGUUUGCAACGUUUAAAGAAGUAUUCCCUUUUAAAUCCUCAGUACCACUGUUUACAUAAAUAAAAAUAAUUUAGUUUGUAUUCUAUUUAUUUCCCACUUUCUUUGAAUUUCAGAUGGAUGAAUGUAUUAAUUAAACAGAGGAUCAGACUCUAAUUGUGCUUAUAAUCCCAUUAUGGACAUGUUGCCAACCAGAUAUUCAUGCUACUUAUCUGAGUUGCUCUGUUUCCUUUCUAAAUAUAUGUAUAGGACUUUAUUGCCAGUUUUACUAUGAAAAUCGUGAUUAUCUUCAUAGAUGCUUUCUUCCACACCAAAAAUCUCCGUAUGUAGUUUUAAAUCUUUCUUAAAAGCAAAUGCAUGUUUUCUCUCUUUCAAAUGUGAACCCUUCCAAUCUUGGCUUACUUACUGAUUUUUCAUAUGCAUUUAACCAAUUCCUAUGAGGUGACAAUUUGAGA